AAGCCGUUGUGUUCGGCUCAGGUCGGGCAUGUGGGGGAUCCGAGCGGGACUGAGAGCAAUGGACCUCUGGGGGAUCUCUUUAGAGCCCUUGGUGCUGCCAGUCAUCCUUGGGCAAUUUUCCCUGGCGCUCUUUUGGGGUCACCCUUUCAAGGAGGUGUGGGCCCAAGCUGGAGCAGUGGUGGGCCAGGGAGCUCCAGAAGAAGCUAAGAAGAAGAACUUUGUGCACUAUGAGAACUUCCGGGCCAUGCUGCCUCUCUGGAUUUGCUUGAAUGAUGUGGUGUCCAGCUUGGCGGCAGUAGUCCAGAUGGGGUUGCGGCUCCAGCGUUCCGAUCCUUUGUCCAACGCCGAGGUGGCUUUUCUGUGGCUCGCGAUGAUGAUGGGCUGCUUAUUACGUUUCAUCCACCAAUGUGGAAGCUUUGAGACCAUUCGCCGGGACACGGCCCUUAUGGUCUCGGUGCUGCUGAGUGCUACGGUGCUGGCCCCCUCCGAGCUGCAGCGCGUCGCGGGGCUGGGACGGAUUGCGGCGAUUGAGCUGGUGCCGGAGCCCAGGCUGGGUCUGAAGAUGCAGAUAGCUUCACUCCCAAUUCAUGCGCUGGUCUUCGUGUUGUGGACGCCGUCCAUCUUCGAGCUGGUCCUUUUUGCGGUGAGCGAGGUGAUUUGUUUGGCUUCGGUGCUGCUGGUGUAUAUCAACCGUGACUCCACGCUCUCCAAGCAGGUGGUGUCCACCAUCUUUGCGGAGCGGUGUGCACAGGAAGCCACCAGCAUGGCAGAUGCGCUGAAGCGUUUGUUGAGCAUCACCUGCGAUGCCACGGCCUCCAUUUCAAAGGAUUUGCAGAUUGGCAUGCUCUCCGAGAGCUUCCUAGGCCUGCUCAGAGCCACUCGACAGGCCAUUGGCCAGCCCUUCACGGACUUCGUGAGCUCGCACGACCAGGCGCGCUUCCAUUCCAUGGUGGAGCUGGCCGGCUCGUCCCCGGACUCGUCUCCCAUCACUGGGCCGCUCCGCUUGGCCGACGCGAACGGCGUCACCUUUAAGGCCAAGGUCUUCCUGGUGAAGCUUGCCGAGGCGGGACACUUCGUGGGCCUCACCCGCGACGAGCACGAGGAGCACCUGAGUGAGCACGGACUGGAUGGAGGCGCGAGCGACAUGCGGUUCUUGGUGGGACGGCAGUCGCGGAUCUUCUCCGAGGAGAACCCUACGGAGACCGUACCGUCCCAGUGCAUCCAAGAGUUGAAGGAACUGGAGAAGAUCACCCUGCUGGUGGAUGCUCUGUCCGAGGAGGAGGGCUUCAUCCUCCGCUCGGUCACCUUCGACUUUUCGGAGCCGUCGGAGCAGGUGAAGGUGCAGCAGUUGCCCAACCUACUGGAAUGGCUCGAGCACCGCUGCCGUUCGUCAGUGCGAGAUUGGGUGCAAGCAGAGGUGCAGCCCCGCGCAAAACCGAGGAAAACACAGGGGGUGGAUUUCCGACGUGGAGGGAGGAUCCUUUUUCUUAAACCUGCGCAAAACGUGGAGGGCGGGGCCUUGAUUGCUCACCUACAACAGCAAGAGCAAGACAUGCCUUGCUUGGACUUAUUCUUGAUGCCGUGUAGCACCAAGGAAAAGAACUUGAAGCUGGCAGAUUGCAUCAGCUGAGUCUAACUGAGCAGAGUGCUAGCUGCUAGCUGCUAGAGUCUCUCUAUAUCUAGAAUGUAGAAUCUAGAGCCUAUAUGUACGGUACUUAUUAUGUACACUGUACACACACACUGAAAAUACUCAGUAAUGUUAAUGCUUGGAAGAUUCAGAAGAUGGAGUGUAUUCAAGUGAUUCAGCACGUGUGUCUAUGUCUAUGUCGAGUCUAUUUCUGUUUGUGCGCACGUGUCCGAGAUUUGUUUCUGUGUUCUUGGUUCCUUCUGCUUCAUCUUCUGUGGAGCCUUGUCUUGAGUGUUUCCAUUCGUAUUGGACACUAGCUAGCAGCUAUCGGAAGUUAUCUAUUUUUUUCCUAUCCUUGUCGCAUCCUUCAAAUGCAUCCCAUCUAUUUUUUGAUUUUGGCUUCUUGUUUAGAGCGAUUCAUUUUCAAAUAUAGUUAUUUUAACAUUUUUCAAUCAUAGCAGGAACAAUUAGUCAUAAAACCAGUGCAAAUGCCCACUAAACCUCCGGCUUCAUCAUUCGUGAGAGGGCAUGUCUGCAACUUCACGUUUUCCAUCGGCCGAAAGGUCUCCGCCGAGCGCUCGCUUCGCUGCGGGGGUCGGUCGAAUCGAUGGCGGCUCGCUCAGGUGAAUGCCUCCAUCCACGGCGGUUCCUCGGGCCAAGUCGUUCUUCCGUCCGUCGCCUUCCAAGCGCCUGGCACGGGCAAUUCCUUGUCUGGAGACUUGCGAAUCACUUGCGUAGAUGCCAUCAGCCAAGAAGAGGCGGCUGAAGUGGACAUCGAGGACGUGGUCGAAGUCUUCGCGCAGAUGGAGGUGGUCAAUGUGAGGUUGUGGAGCUGAGAGCUGGAGCUCCUCAGCGUUCAGAGGUCUCUUCCAGAGAGUUUCCAGGGUGGCCCCCUCCGAAGUUAUAUAGAUGAACUUCGGUGACCCCAAGGGCUUGUUGGUUCCUGUUGGGUGUCACCUUCUGGAAUCGGGUUCUUGGGAAUUGAUUCCAUGCCCUGGUGGGUUUGGGGCCAUUUGGACAGGACACAGGCCAUGAUUGUUUGGUGUGAGACAUCCAGGUUGCCAGAGCAUUCAGGAUGUGCCAGCUGGAGCAUGUUUAUAUACACAGGUGGGGAUGCAAAUUUUACCUCACCGAGCUUUCUGGUUUCGUCUUAAGGUUUCAGUAUUCUAAAGUCAGCACAUUGGCGACGCCCAAAGGACGUCUUUCAAACAAUGGCAACUCGGGGCCGUACAGCUGAGCAAUGCAGUCAGAGCGC